AUGGAAAAACGACAGUUUGUCGAAGAACCGGAGUCUUUUGAUUCAUCUAAAGAUACUCCAAUCGGUGGUGGUGACUUGAGUAAAAUGAAAACACCAUAUUACUCAUAUCACGUUGAUAAGGCUAUUAAAAGUGUUGAUUCUCAUUAUUGGGCUAGACGUUCCUCUCAUAAAGCACCAAUUAUUCCACCUGAAAAAUCUCAACGGGAACAUUUAUUUUCUUCUGAUUUUUGUGAUGUAAAGUCUCUAAUGGUUCCAGAAGAAGUGUUCGAUCAACAAGUUGCGAGUGAAUUGGAAGACCUUUAUACUCGUUUUCAUAAAUGUCUUGAAUUGCGUGACAAAUAUAUGGAAUUAUCAUUGCAAAGGUUAGGUGAUAAUCCUAAAGAUCAUGAUACUUGGAAUAUUUAUCCUCCUCCGCCACAACCUACAUGGAAAUCAUUAUCAAACAACCGAUCAUUUUCGGAUGAUUCAGUAUCAUCUUCAUACUAUAAAAACGAAAAGAAAGGAGUUGGUGAAAACUUUGAGUUUGAUAAAUGCGAAAUUCCUGGAGAACAUGAGUAUAAUUUCAAAUUAAAUGAAAGUGGUAUUUAUAAUGUCUAUGAAACACAAGAAGAUCUUGAUAAUAAUCGCUCAGCCUACGAGGUGCCAAGUGUCAAGGAUUAUUUUAUGGAUCUUGAGUGUAUCUUAGAAACGAUCUCCGAUGGUCCAGCAAAAAGUUAUGCAUAUAAAAGAUUGUGUUAUUUGGAAAGUAAAUGGAACAUGUAUUCAUUAUUACGAGAAUAUCAGGAAAUUGCUGAUUCAAAGAGCGUUCCACAUAGAGACUUUUAUAAUGUUAGAAAGGUUGAUACCCACGUGCAUUUGUCCUCGUGUAUGAACUCCAAGCAUUUGCUUCGAUUCAUUAAAUCGAAAUUAAAAAAAUUUCCAAAAGAUGAGGUUAUUUUCAGAGACAACAAAGUGCUUACCCUCGAACAAGUUUUUAAGAGUUUGAAAUUGUCUGCGUAUGAGCUCAGCAUUGACACUUUAGAUAUGCAUGCUCAUACAGAUUCGUUCCAUCGAUUCGAUAAAUUUAACUUGAAAUAUAAUCCAAUCGGAGAAUCUCGUUUAAGAGAAAUAUUUCUGAAGACUAAUAAUUAUAUUAACGGAAGAUAUUUUGCUGAACUUACUAAAGGCAAUUAUUAUUUUGAUUUAUAA